CGUCCGCACUGCAGAGAGCCGUGGCGAGCAGGCGCCGGCGCACUGGCCCACGUGCCGCGCCGACAGAGGCAGAGGGAGCGACGGAGAGCGGGGGAUCGAGGGGCGCCCGACCCCGCCGCCGCUCCGCGCAGCCCCGAGCCCUGCGCGCUGCGACCCGGACCAGGAGGGACCCCGCCCCGGGAGAAGAGAUCUGGGGACAUGCCGUUGACCCUGUUGCAGGACUGGUGUAGAGGGGAGCAUCUGGACACCCGGAAGUGCAUGCUCAUCCUGGGGAUUCCUGAGGACUGCACGGAAGAUGAGUUUGAGGAGACUCUCCAGGGGUCUUUCAGGACCCUGGGCAGAUAUAGGGUUAUUGGCAGGAUGUUUAGGAGGGAGGAGAAUGCCCAUGCGUUUCUGCUGGAGCUUGCACAAGAUAUCGAUUAUGCUUUGGUCCCCAGGGAAAUACCAGGAAAGGGGGGACCCUGGGAAGUGGUUGUAAAACCCCGUAACUCAGACGGAGAAUUUCUCAGUAGACUGAACCGCUUCUUAGAGGAGGAGAGGCGGACAGUGUCAGACAUGAACAGACUCCUCCAGUCGGACACUGGUUGUUUGGCUCCGAGAGUGACUAUAUCACCAGAUUUCUGGACCUGGGCCCAGACCCUGGGGACAGCAGUGCAGCCUCUGCUAGAACAAAUGUUGUACCGAGAACUAAGAGUGUUUUCUGGGAAUACCAUAUCCAUUCCAGGGGCAUUGGCCUUUGAAGCCUGGCUCGAGCACACCACUGACAUGCUGCAGAUGUGGCAGGUGCCCGAGGGGGAGAAGAGGCGGAGGCUGAUGGAGUGUCUGCGGGGCCCCGCUCUGCAGGUGGUCAGUGGGCUCCGGGCCAGCAACGCUGCCAUAACUGUGGAGGAGUGCCUAGAAGCCCUGCAGCAGGUGUUUGGACCUGUGGAGAGCCGUAAAAUCGCCCAGGUGAAGUUUUGUAAGGCCUAUCAGGAGGUAGGAGAGAAAGUCUCUAGCUUUGUGAUACGUUUGGAACCCCUGCUCCAAAGAGCUGUAGACAAAAAUGUGGUGUCACGAAGGAAUGUGAAUCAGACUCGCCUGAAACAAGUCUUGAGUGGGGCUACCCUUCCUGACAAACUUCGAGACAAACUUAAGCUUAUGAAACAACGAAGGAAGCCUCCCGGUUUCCUGGCCCUGGUGAAGCUCCUGCGUGAGGAGGAGGAGUGGGAGGCCACUGUAGGGCCAGAUAGGGAGAGGCUGAAGGGGCUAGAAAUAGGCCCAAGGCCAUCCGGAGUCAGUGGGGUUGGGGCAGUGCCUGUGCCUGCCUUGGGCGACAGUUUUGAGGCGAGGCUUUCCCAGGGUUCCCGGCGCCGGAGGGGCAGAGGCCAACACCGGAGGGGUGGUGUGCUGAGGGCUGGCUCUCAAGGCUCAAGAAAACGGAAACGCCAUACGUUCUGCUACGGCUGUGGGGAAGAUGGCCACAUCAGGGUAGAGUGUUUCAAUCGCUCCAACCAGCCCUUGGUAAAGCAGAAGAGACGGACUGCAAAUGAAUCGGGAAACGGGAACUGGGCUUGGGACAAGAGCCAUCCCAAGUCCAAGGCCAAGUAGGCUCAGGACGGGGCAACACUUUCUACCACAGGCCAAGGAGACAAAAGAAAUAUUGGAAGGCAGGGAAGGGGCAGCCGCUGCAAAGCGCAGGGGCCCUGCCUGGGGGUCAGAGGCAGGGCAGCCAAGCCCAGGCCCAGCCCCCUCACCCCGCCCCAGCUGGAGGGGGUUACACCAACCAAGACCAGACCACACCCUGCUCAGUGAGGGCCCCAUGCAGCGGCUGGGGGAAGAGCCAGGGAUGCACACGGGAAUCCACCGCACCCAGCACCUGGGGUGCCCAGGCCUCAGAUGGGGACCCAAAAAAGGCAGGGGCUGAAGAAGGUGUGGCUGGGGACCCUGGCCUGGGCGACAGCCUGGUCAUCUGGCCACCUCCAAACACCCACCCCGUGGGCUCUGAGUAAGCAUGCCCACCAGCCCCCGAGCACCACGGGGCCUGGAAGAGCCUGCCCCAUGGCCAUCCCUGCCAGAGGGAGCCGGGGCUGCGGGGGAGGAGCUGGGAGGCACAGAGGCAAAGCCCCGCAGGGGAGACCGCAGGCUCCAGCCCGUCUUCAGGAUCAUCUACACUUCGCUCGGGGAGCCCCACGAAGGCAGCACCCUUGAGCCCCUGCGCGAGUGAGGGCAGGAGACCCCAAGGCUCCGGGAGCCCAGCACCAGCUGAGGGUCAGUCGCGGACCCUUGUGUCCUGCCAGGGCUGUGCAGGCAGGGGGCCCAAAGACUGUGGGGAAGACACCCGGCAGGGGCCCUGGGUGCCCAGUGGGCCAGCGACCCACACUUGGCUUAGGCUACAGUGGGUGUGCUGGGAAGCCUUUGUUCCAAAGUAGCAAGAGCAGCAGGAGGAGGAGGAGGAGCUGGAGGAGGAAAGGAAGAGGAGGGAGGACUUCGUGGGGGGGGUGUUUUCUUUCCCUUGUGUUUAUGCAGAACCACUGGAGACCUGGAGAGAGCAGGCAAGGAGAGCCUGGGGCUGACAUGGCCAACACCUCUCAGCAGCUGCCAAGGCCAAGGCCAAGGCCAGCCCCAAGCCCCAACAACUCGGGCAGCUGGGCUGGAAGCACCCCUUAGUGGCCAGCCAUGGCCCCGGCCACCAUCCCUGGCCCUUCCUGGUGAUCCCAGAUGACCAUGUUUGCCACCCAAUGGGGAGGGGAGAGGCGCCCCUGCCAUGACACCACCGCACCUGGCCCCAG